CGGAGUAUAAGAAUCGAAUGCCCCGGAGAUCGUCUUCUGGUCGCACAACAUCAAGCAUCCUUUAAUUUUUGCUUUCCGUCGGCAGCCAUUGAGCCUCUGUGUCACCCACCAUGGACUCUCGCGUGCUCUCGUCGCUUCCGGCGUUUAUCGUCCCGUAUGCAGAACUGACUCGCAUGGUCCAUCUCCCCGUCGGGACGGUGAUUCCAUACUUUCCCGUCCUCAUCGCGAUCCUCCACGUCGCGGCAAUCGCACACCUCGACCCAUCCCACAUCCUAACUUGCUGCCUCAAAUGGCUCGUCCUCUCGAGUCUCUACAGCGCGUACGGAUGCGUAGUCGACGACAUCGCAGACAAAGACCUCGACAGUAAAGUCGAGCGGUGCCAGAACCGGCCGCUAGUCCGCGGCGCGAUCUCCAUGACGGCGGCAUGCAUCUUCGCCACGACAAUCAUGGCGUUCAACACAAACGUCACGCUUUCCUUCUUCCCAUCCCAGCCUGCAAUCCAUGUUCCGAUUACGAUCAUCUGCCCGGUCAUCUACCCGUUCCUCAAGCGAUUCACACACUACGCGCUCCUGUAUCUCGCCCUGCUCUACACGGUCACUGCAUUCAACGCCUCGCGCACCGUCGGCUUCGACAUCUGGACCAACGCCGCGCCCAACGCACCCGCCGUCCGCCUCUCCGCCCUCGCCCUCAACGCCGCCGUCUUCGUCGCAAACCUCACCGUCGAGACAAUCUACCACCACGCGGACCUGGCCGACGAUCUCAAGGCGGGGAUCAAGACCGUCGCCGUGCGGAUCCGCGGGUUCGCGAAACCCGUGCUGUACACGCUUGCCCUGCUCUACCCGGUCCUCCUGGUCGCGACGGGGGUUACCGCGGAGUUUGGGAAAUAUUACUUCUCGGGCGCGGCGUGUUCGGCUGCGUUGCUGUUUACGCUCGUUGCCAGGGUCGAUCUGGCCGUGCCCAGGAUGUGUGAGGUUUAUUUCUUUAUUGGCAAUAUUGGGGUGAUGACCUUGUUGGCCGGGGCGCUGUUUGCCGAGUUUCGGUUUGCGGUGUGAGGGGUUUGGUUGCUUGCUUGACGGGUCCUGGGAAGGUGUGGUGGGA